UAGAUGAUGAACGUGUUAAAGCCUCUUACGACGUAUCAAUCGGUGAAAUUGUUAUAGAUUUACCAAAAGAAACCCCCGGAGAGGAUUUUUCGGAUUUGGAUUUAUUAACCAAACUAUUAGCACCGAGAAAAAGUAAAAUUCUAGAUAAACCCUUAAUAGAAGUUGUGGGAGAAAGUAAGGGCGAGAAUGAUGAUCAUAAAGGUGAUGAGGAAGAAUUUGCCAAAGAAUUAAUCGAAAAUGCGGAUAGGGUUCAGAAUGGGUCGAUGCUUCACGAAGUGAUCGGUGGUGAAGGUGAUGUAGAUUCCGAAAUGAAAAGGAUGUUGAAAAUAAUCGAAGAAGCCGCGGAUUUCGAUUGGGAGAUGCCUCAGAAAAUUCUCGAGAAAGAGGAUCCUUUGACCACAGUAGCUAGUUACGGGUUUAACGGAUGUUACUCUGGAUAUUUCGUGCAUUUACAGGAGACUUGCAACGAAAUAAUCGAUAUUUCAGAUCCGGAAAAAUCCACGUUCGAGUCUCGUCGUCGGGAUCGAU